AUGAUGAGUCAGAGUGCGUGGUGCUGAUGCUGCUGCCAUUUCAUCACCUCUGCGAGCGCAGUACCUCCAUCCCUCCGCUCUCCUGGCGCCUGGGCCUACCUCCCCUCGGGCUCUUGGGCCGGCGAUGCUUUCGCUGCCGAUCUAGAGCCCGACCCCAGCGCGUUCUCCGAGGCCUCGGUGGGGUAUCCCUGUCGCCGCCCACGACCCGGGCCAAGGAGACCUGCCUAGCCCCGGUCAUGGAGGCCAUCUGGCUGUACCAGUUCCGGCUCAUUGUCAUCGGGGAUUCCACGGUGGGCAAGUCCUGUCUGAUCCGCCGCUUCACCGAGGGCCGCUUCGCCCAGGUUUCCGACCCUACGGUGGGGGUGGAUUUUUUCUCCCGCCUGGUAGAGAUCGAGCCUGGAAAACGCAUCAAGCUCCAGAUCUGGGAUACUGCGGGUCAAGAGAGGUUCAGAUCCAUCACUCGAGCCUACUACAGGAACUCAGUAGGUGGUCUUCUCUUAUUUGACAUUACCAACCGCAGGUCCUUCCAGAAUGUCCAUGAGUGGUUAGAAGAAACCAAAGUUCAUGUUCAGCCCUACCAAAUUGUGUUUGUUCUGGUAGGUCACAAAUGUGACCUGGAUACACAAAGGCAAGUGACUCGCCACGAGGCAGAGAAACUGGCUGCUGCGUACGGCAUGAAGUACAUUGAGACAUCAGCCCGAGAUGCCAUUAAUGUGGAGAAAGCCUUCACAGACCUGACAAGAGACAUAUAUGAGCUGGUGAAAAGGGGGGAUAUUACAAUCCAGGAGGGUUGGGAAGGGGUGAAGAGUGGAUUUGUACCAAAUGUGGUUCACUCUUCAGAAGAGGUUGUCAAAUCAGAGAGGAGAUGUUUGUGCUAGUCAGCUCUUUUUUGUCCAAAACAUGCUCUCCCAUCUGAACUUAAAAGUGAUUGAAAUGAAUAAAAACUUUCUGUGACUAACAAGAACUCAACCUCCAUUUUGAAUACAAAGUGAGCCUCCUUCCCAAAGGGGAUAUUGUGGGUGGAGCCUGGGUGCCAUGACUGAGGGUCUGAGUUAUUGACCUUUGUUAGGAAACUGUUUUGUGGCCCGUGCUGGGCAGUGGCUGCUUUGUGUACCCUCUGUGGAUCACAUGUCAAGGGACUGUGGGUUGGAGAAUUAGACCCAGGAAAAAACACCCAUAAACAGGAUAACUGAUUCCUGGUAUUUCCGCUUAUUUAUAUGUCAUGAACAUAAAGACAUUUGUAAAGAGGGGUCAAAGUAUCAUCUUGGGAACAAUUAGCAAGACUUAAAAAGGCUAUGAAAUCAUGUUAUUAGUGAAAAGAUCCUACACCAAAAGUUUGCUGGGGCUGGUUAAAAGGUACCAAUUAGCUUCUAAACAACUCAUCUGUGAAAUGAGAAGUGUGGACCAGCUAAGAUCUUUUCAAGUCUAAUGUUCUAGUAAAAAGGGUGGGAAUAUGAAGAAGGUGGCUUUAACACACACUGUUAAUAUCACAUCUAAGCCAAUGUACACCCUUGUAAUAGAAUAACCAGCUGUGUGAAAGAAUUUUUCACAGGCAAGUGGCUGUGUAAGUAGAAGACAGAAACUGUAACUCCAAUGUCAUACCCUCUUUUUCCUCUGACCAUGCUUACAGUUUUACUGCAUUGGUGACCACAAUCUAGAAGUAAGAAACCUGCCUGUCUCUUCGGGUGCCUGGAGGCAACAAUACAGGUAUUGCCUCUGAAAAGAGCCCUGAAGCCAGUAGUCCCCCACUAAUUCUGUACAAGAGCACUAUAGUCCUUACAAACAUCUUACAACUACUUGAUCAUUGUAACAGGACUCUGAGAUUUAUUCCCCAUUUCACUGAAAGGCUAAAGGCUAACUCCUAGCUCUUGUUUCACACAUUAUCCUGCUGUCAGAUGUGAACUGUUAUUAAUUUGUUUACUUUGGAAGAGAUAUGACUGUAAAUAAAUGUUCUCUACAUGUUAGGAUAUGUUUCCUUUUUGGUUACAACUCAGCUAUAAACCUGACGGAACCUGGUGAUGAAUCAAAGGUAACGCCCACUCAGGUAUAUUGAUAAAAGGAUUAGAAACAAGUGAAUAAUUACAUAACUAAAAAACACAUUAGAUUUGUGUGGGCUCCAAGUGUUCUUGUCACUGAAACAUAGCAGACAGAGUAAUGAGAGAAACCAAAAUCAACAAUGGGGACUGAGAUCAAAUACUUGCCUCACAAUGAUCUUGGCCACCUGUCUGUCCUAUACCUACACUGGGUUCCUGUCUACCGGAGGGAGUCAGCUCUAAAUUCUCAGGUGAACAGACAACUAAUGAUAUCAGAAAAAUUAGAAUGGUUGGCUUAAGGUUCCUCAAUUAUUUUUUGGAUUGUAGCCAAUUUCAGCUUAGGCAAAAGCCAUACUCUUCACAGUAAGAAAACAAUUUUGAUUAGAGUCAUGUUUCUCAUAUCCAUUGUGAUAGGAAAGCCUGAGUGUGGUAAAUUGCUUUGAGAUACAUUAUUGAGCUUCCAUAUAAAAUGUGGCUGAGUAGGAAAGUUUGGGGAUUCACUUCAAUAAAGAAGCCAAAUGGUAUAAAAAAUAUGGAAGCAAAUCAUGGACCGAUCUGUAGAUCCAAUGACAUCAUCUCUGCAUUCAUUUAACACAAACUGGUUUAGGCGGGACAAUUAUGUUACCAACUUUGUGGUUGUAGAAAUCAAAAAAAAGAUGGCAAAUGAAUUCAUUACAAAAUUUCAUCAAGUACUACGGCUAAUUACACUGAAAACAAUUGAAAAGUAAAGAUUUUCCAGUGGAUAAAUGAAAGUUUACUGGAUUCUGUCAGUUCAUAGAAAAAGGAAACAGAAACUUCUCUAUGGUUUUCUUGACUAAAAUACGUUAAUGUAUACUUUCCCCAUUUCUUGCAUUUUAAGGCAGGUUACAAAAUACUCAGCAUAGUCCAGCAGAGAUAGCUGAGUUUAAUUACGUAAACAAAUUUUAGAAAAUUUUAAAUCACUUUAGUAGAAUUCAGUGCCAUUGUCACUGCAAAAAGUGAGUUUUAGAAAAUAAGUGUGAAAAAAUCAGGUGUUAAUACAAUACUAUGGAUAAAGCUUUAGAAGCUAUUUUACUACAUAGGCAAAGAAAAGAUAAACUAACUUGUAACAAAGACCACAACUGCAUGUUGGAUUAGAUUGUCUCAUAUUCCAGAAUAAAAUGUACUAUAUACUUUCCCUCACUUUGUUGUACACUGUAAUGAAAUGUGAAAAACUGCUUUCUUCAGCUGUAUGUGAAUGAAAAUAUGCUUGUAUUUAGUAAAAUGGUUGAUUAUGUGA